UUGAGAUAGUACCUAUGAAAUAUGUAUUAAUUUUUGAAAACAUAUUUGUGUUGUGAUGAAUGAAAUGGAUAAUUUAAUGAGUGGAAACAAUGUUCUAUCGUUUGUGUCGUGGUCGUUUUACUUUCAAGUUGUAUACAUUUUUAGUGUUAAUCGUCGUAAUUUCAGCCUGCAGUUACCUGUUCCCUUGGUUUAGAUUUUAUCCUAUCGCGCCUGUUACAUUACCACCAAAUGCUUUACAUGGUCGAGCAUCUCGUCAUUUAUCUAAGUUAGUUACUGUAGUGUUUCGGCAAUUUGAAGAUUUCGAGAAUGAUGUCGCUGACAGCGUUCAAUCGUUCGUAUCAGCUUUUCCGAAUAUGCCCGUACUUAUUGUGUGUGAAAAUACACCUUACCCGCCCUUUCCGUUUUCUGCGACCAACGAGACACUUCGAAAUGUUAAAGUUCUGUCUUUGGAGUUGAAACUGGAUUCUUCACCACAAGAUCUUAACCCUUUGUCACAUAUAUCAACAGAGUUUGUGUUGUUUGUCCCUGACUCUGUUCGGGUUUCUCGCAAAGUUUUGCAACAAGCAGCUUCUGCUGCAGCGGCAGUGUCAUCGCAUGCUGUGGCUAUUGCAAUAGCUAAUUCACAUUUGAUAUGUCAGCAAGUGAAAUGGAAUUAUGUAGAUUGGACUCUACAGUACAACAAAGACGCAUCUGGCAAGAUCUGCGAUUCUGUGCAUGGACAGCAUGCUCUGCUGAUCAGGACAUCUAUGUUGCAAACAUUACCUCAGCCUUUUAUAAUGCCAUUCCCAGAGUCUUUGUAUUUGCAGACUUCUGUUAAAAAUGCUAAGGUACAAAUUCUAGAUGGAAAGCUGGGUACAGGGCGCAGUGUGUUAAAAUCUCCUGGAGCUCGACAGAGGGUAUCGCGACGAAUAAGAGAUCACAGAGUGGCGUUGUACAAGCAGCUUGGGGUGAAAGCUUUGUUGAGGGAAGAUGGGAGAGUCCAGUGGUUUGGAUGUAAGAGAGAGACACAGAGAUGCUACCCAUCAGUGCAAGGCACGCCGUCGUACAUCCUCUCUGGGCGCAACACGCCGCCAUGUUGUCGUCGCAACAUGCGUCGUGUCGCUGCUCACGUGUUGCGCGUGUUGUUACAAGCUGGUGCUCGAUGCUGGCUCGAAACUACUUCUCUAUUGGGCGCCGUCAUGCGCAAUGACAUCUUACCAUGGGCCGAAUACGUCGAAAUUGGUAUCCACGCUUCCGACGUAUCCAGGGUAACCUGGCUCCAACGCGGCGGAGUAGACGCCGACGGCUUCGUCUGGGAGCGAGCCACCAAAGGCCAUUAUUACCGCGUCGCCUUCUCAGCGGCCAACAGGGUUUACGUCUUAGUGUUGCCGUUCACCGCUAGAAACGGGACAAUGUGGCCCGCUGACUGGGUGCUGGCACAUCAAAGAGACUUUCCUGAAAGACAUUUGCAUCCGCUUGCUCAGAUACAAUUCGCUGGCCACCAAGCGCCCGCGCCGAACGACGCGCGCGCAUUCCUCGAUCACAAGCUGGGCGCGGCCGCGGUGGAGAGAUGCAACAAAUUUGGACCCAAACUACUUUACCCUUGAACAGUAUUCUAGUCUACUCAAAGCUUUUAUAAAAUGUUUUUAGAAUUAUGUACGUACUUUUAAAACUUUAGAGUGUUUCUUAUAGAAUUCAGAAUAAUUUAAGACGAUAGAAAUACUGCUAAAUGUGUCGUCACCGCCAUCAGCCGCCAUAAUGUUUUCAUAUUGAAUCUCAAUUCUAGUUUUAUCGGACAGCUUUCUAAUAUUAUUAUAGUUUCAAGUACACUAUGACAUUUAUAUUGCCUUAUAUUAUGCUGAAUCCUAUGGUGUUAUCACAUCCCCUUUGAUCAGAUCCUAUUGCGACACCGUUAUCGACAUUUCGUCGAGUGAUAACAUCGAUUCCCCGUUCAGAUAAAAUGUAUUAGUAAUUCCAAAGCUUAUACUCUGAAAAUGUCAGUAUUUACAUAAUUAUAUUAUAAAAUCAGUCAUUAUUAAAUGAUCACAAAUAACAUUUAUUUAAGAACAACAAGAAACAUAAGCUGACAUCUGGCACAAGGUAGCAUUUAUUUUUAAUCUCUUGUAAGAAAAUGCAAUGACACGUUCACAUUAUAUUUUGAUAUAUAUUAGGGAGGCUUAUCCACACCCUGACUGUGUUGUGAUAAAUGCAAAUUCGCGUCACUCACCCCACAUGUUCACAGUGUGAUAAGCGCUUUAUGAUAAGUAUUAAAUGUGAAAAUCAUCUGACUAUACUUCUAGUUUUAGAUAUCAUAAUUUUGCUUAUAUUUUACUAUAUAAAGAAAAUAUAUAAAAGUCCACUGUGUCUUAUGUAUUUGUUGAAUUGAAAAUAAAAUGAGUAUUAUUUUUUUAAUAUAGUUACAAUUACGAGUCUAUUUUCUAGUCUAAAUAAAUUUUAUGAAAGAUAACUUUUGGUCCUUUCUGUCUUAGUGAUUUUUAGUAUUAUAGUGAACACAAGUCUGUUUAUUGCAGACAAUAAAAUGUAUGUGUAUGUGUACUGAUUUUGUCAAGAAUAUAAAAUCGAGUUCAAAUAGCGUUCAGCUAGCAAAGCAAUCAGAUCUCGAAAUAUUUCUAGUCAAUAUACGUAGCAAUUAUUAUUAUUAGUCAUUCAAUGACUUAAAUAUGUUUUAUUUUUAAAGUUUAAGGAUGGUGAGCAUAGAAUAUAGUCUUGUUGGAAAUGUGUCAAAAAAGAAAAAAGUAUUGAAGCUAUGAUCUUGUAUUGUUUUUUAUUAUUAACUUUUUUGAAUGCUUAUACCUUAAUAAAAUUUAAACAAGA